AUGCCCGUUAUGUCCAGACAAGAAUCAUCAGAACAUAUAUUAUUUAAGUGUCCAUCGGUUAAUAAACCGGUACAAGAAAUAAUAAAUCAAAUUUUAAAAGAAGCUCAAUACGAUCCUGUAGUGUUAGACACUCACAUAUUAAUUAAUUAA